AUGGGUCGCUCGUGGCGGUUUGUUGGGCGGAGGCGAGACAGAGGUAGGGGAAGAAGCAGUGGUGGUAACUCGGGCGGUUAUCUUGAUGUGGUAAAUGUACUGCUAAGCCACGGCGCUAGCUUGAAUGAGCACAAUGUGGUUGGACGUACACCGCUGAUGAAGGCCGCAUGUGGCGGGCAUGUGGAAGUAGCCAAGGUGCUUCUCGAGCGUGGAGCAAGCAUCAACACCCGCUCCAAUGAGCACAACGAGAGUGCAUUGUCAGUGGCUAGUUACAAGGGUCAUCCCGAAUUGCGGCUUCAAAAGGUGGCCCAAGUGGCAGUAGUGGAGUUAUUAUUAGAAUACGGAGCGGAAAUCAAUAGUUCCACCUUUCCACUGCCAUCGCCGCUGGAAUGUGCAAUUUCCAAUAGUCACCUUGACGUUACCACUUUGCCCAUUGAGGCCGGCGGCAACAUUAAUGGGGCCAUUUCAAAUGGCAACACAUAUCUAAUGAUGGCAGCUGGCAAGGGGGACCAGAGAAUGGUGGAAUUGAUAUUGGGUUACGGUGCGGCUGUGGAUGCAGAGAUGGAAAAUGGAGAAACGGCGCUCAUGAUUUCGUGUAAGAAAGGACACACCGUUGCGGCUAGUGUGCUCCUAUCUUAUGGCGCUAAUGUGGAGCAUAUGACGGCGGACAAACGUACGCCUCUUAUGGAGGCUAGUCGUGCCGGCCACUUCACGACCGCGAACUUACUUAUCGAGAAGGGCGCACGCAAGUAG